GGGCGUGAGAGGCACGUGGGGCCGUGGUGCGUUUGCACCGCUCGUGCCCCUCGACGCUGACGAAUGUUCCACGCGUGACAUUGCGCGUCUCGGCAGGACACCUUUCUCUCUCUCCCCCCCCCCCACCCGCCACUCUAAAGUGGCGCCCGUGUUUUAUUUUGGGUUUGUCGCAUCACGUCCGGACAGCGAACCAAAGUGAAAGUGGGCGAGCGUGACUUUUUGACAUGAUGUACACGAUCACCAGAGGUCCAAGCAAACUGGUGACGCAACGGCGCACAGGGCCCACGCAGCCGCUCGACAACAAAAUAAACGACUUCAAGCACAAGCAGACGACCUGGAGUUUGCCCGACCUGCCAGCGCCCAAGAUUGUUUUCAACCGCCCCAACGGCAAAAAGUACCACCAGCCCUCUUCGGGCGUGCCCGCAGACCCCCAGCAGCGGGGGGAGUCGACGGCGGCCCACGAGGACAACGUCAAGUUUGUGUACGAGGCCUGGCAGGAGACGAUUCACCACGUGCGAGAGAACGUCCGCGGGACGGCGGUCCGCUACCAAGACGACACUCCUAACCAUCGCAUGGACGACUUUGUGCCCAUCGAUCUGGACGAGUGGUGGGCCCAGCGCUUCCUCGCCAACAUCGACAAACUGUCGUGACGUUUCUGGGGGGAAGUUUCCGGAUCUUGCGAAGUACAGGUCUGGGGACGGCGGCCCGAAAAGCGGGGA